GCCAUGCCUGUUACAUUCGACGACUCCUUUGCCCUCAACCACACCUGUCUCCGGAUCAAGGACCCCAGCGUCUCGCUUCCCUUCUACAGGGACACCUUUGGUCUUGAUUUGGUCUCCACCUUUCCAUUUCCCGAAAAGAGCUUCACCCUCUACAUGCUUGCCUUCAACCGCCCUGCUUUGAAAGCCUACAACCAAAACUGGGCCAAAAAAGAUGGUGUUCUCGAGCUAACCCACAACCACGGCACAGAGCUCGAUCCCAACUACUCUCUCAACAACGGCAACGUCGAGCCCCAUAGAGGGUUUGGUCACAUUUGCUUUUCUGUCAACGACUUGGUCAAAACCUGCUCCUAUUUGCAACAGUUUCCCAACAAAUACAAGUUCAAAAAGACACUAUCUGAUGGCAACCAAAGAGACAUUGCUUUUCUUCUCGAUCCCGAUGGCUACUGGAUUGAAUUGAUUCAAAACUACAAAGUCUCUCCAUUCGACCAACUCUCAACCAACCUCACCCCUUCAGCUCCCAUCGAACUCGACAUCUCUUCAAACUAUCUCUUCAACCACACCAUGAUUAGAGUCAAGGACCCCAAAGCAUCUUUACACUUCUACCAAAACGUUCUCGGCUUCAAACUACUAUCCACCAAAUCCUUUGAAUCUGCCAAAUUCACUCUUUAUUUCCUAGGCUACCACCACUCCAAAGACACUCCUUUGCCCCUCACAAAGGACCUACAAUCCUCAAGACAAUCUAUCCUAGAACUAACUCACAACUGGGGCACUGAAUCUGAUCCCAACUUCAAGGGCUACCACAACGGUAACGACCCUCCUCAAGGUUAUGGUCACAUCGGUAUCUCAAUGGACGAUCCCCAAUCCUAUUGUCGCCAAUUGUCCGAAACCUUUCCAAACCUAACCUGGUCCUUACAAUACAACAAAGGUUUUAUUAAAAAUAUCGCCUUUAUUAAAGAUCCAGAUAAUUAUUCAAUCGAAAUAUUUCCAAAUACCCUUUUUGAAUCUCAUUUAUAAUCUAUCACAAAAAAUAGAAAAUAAGAAAAUAAAAUGGAAAAUAAAAUGGAAAAUAAAAUAAAAAA